AUGCAUUACUGCGAGAAAACCCCUGUGAGCCAAAGGUCGACAUCAUGGCCUUGCUUCGUUCCAAGAAGCCAGGUCUGUGAUGGAGCAUCGCAGUGCAGAAAUGGCGACGAUGAGAAGAACUGCAUGACCUGCCCGGAACCUCCCACGAUAAUGUUCGGUUCUACAACGUCAACGUCAAUGACGUCAUCGAGGCGACCUGUCGGUACCAAGGUCACCUAUACCUGCAUAUCCGGAUACGCCAUCGUGGGAAAUGCUGACGUCGGAUGUAUGACAAGCGGACAAUGGUCGCAACCUCCGACGUGUGUAAGGGCGUGUACCAACCUUCCAACUAUAGUCAAUGGUCACGUGACGCCAACUUCCCGUCCGCUCCUCGUUGGUGACGUACUUCCGUUCACGUGCAAUGCUGGUUACGUGCCUAGGAUGGCGAACUCCAUCACGUGUCUGACUUCCGGUGCUUUCAGUGGCACACCCGUUUGUGACAGACUGUGUAACACGACCCUCCCGAUUGUUGCCAACGCAAAUCCGCUCAACUCGAACACACCUCGCACCAGUGGGGACAUGGUGACUUAUCAGUGUAUGACUGGCUUCGGCCCGUUCCCGUGCACAAACAACAAGAUCACGUGCGAUGCUAAUGUGUGCGGACCUGUCAGUGUGCCCUUUGCAACGGCAGUAUUCAACCCUGGGCAAACCUCCGACCAUCAGACUGUGGUCCGUUUUGAGUGUUGGGACGACUUUGUUCCCUCUAUCACCGGAAACCCGAUCAUUGAGAGGAGAUGUGUCGACGGAACAUGGCAAACUAAUAACGCGGCCAUGUGCCUACCAAAAAACAGACAACCACUGGAUUAG